AUGGAGAUAUCCAUGCCCCCACCUCAGAUACAUGUAGAAAAAACUCUGACCAUUAUUAAACCAGAUAUUGUUGACAAAGAGGAGGAGAUACAAGAUAUUAUUCUCAGAUCUGGAUUCACUAUUGUUCAGAGAAGAAAACUGCAUCUCAGCCCUGAACAAUGUAGUAACUUUUAUGUGGAACAAUAUGGAAAAAUGUUUUUUCCUAAUUUAACAGCUUAUAUGAGUUCUGGGCCACUUGUUGCCAUGAUAUUAGCUAGACAUAAAGCCAUCUCUGUCUGGAAAGAACUCUUGGGACCAAGUAAUAGCUUAGUAGCUAAGGAGACACACCCAGACAGUGCUAACAGACUUGUGAUUAUUGAGCCGAUUCCAAUUGGACAGUCUGCUAAGGACUAUUUAAAUUUAUACGUAACACCAACUCUGCUUGGAGGACUCACAGAGCUUUGUAAGCAAAAACCAGCAGAUCCUUUUGUGUGGUUAGCUGAUUGGCUGCUAGAAAAUAAUCCCAACAAACCUAAACUUUGGCACCAUCCUAUUACAGAAGAACCUUAUUGA